ACUUCAGCCAGCAACCCCCGAGCCCGAGCCAGUUGUUCCAGUAAAUACGACUUCAAUAAACGAGCGUCUAUUUUACCCGUAUGCCUGAAUAACGGUGCAGCGCGACACGGUCGUUUAGAUCGAUUUAUUUUAUGUCAAGAUUAUGGGGUACUGGCGUUAUUCGGCAGUGUAUGUUGUUUUUCUAUCACUUUGUGUCUCAAUCCUCCCUUUUACACACAUCAACACAAACCUGUGUAAGUGGUGUGAGUACUCCAGCCCUGAGUGUAAGGACAAUGUGUGUAACAGCAACUGUAACCUCUCCUCCUUCUGUAACCUCAGUGAAGAGAUCUGUGUGGCUAUAUGGAGGAAGACCAACGCAAGUUUGAGUGUACAGACUUUGUGCCAUCAUCCCCAGCAGCCACUAGAAAGCAUGGAUGUGACUCUGCUGGCCAACUCUUCAUCCAGACAAUGUGUGAUGAUGCCUCAGCCUACUGACGAUGGAGUUCUCUUCUUUUGUGGCUGUGUGGGAGACCAUGAGUGCAACGACAAGCUUAUAUUUGACAAAGGCUCCAACGGUUUCUCUAAACUGAAGAGUAAAGAUGUGAUCCCUGUGGUGGUGAUCAGCCUGGUGCCCCCCUUGCUGGUCGCUUUCAUUGCCACCAUGGCCUUCUACCUCUACCGCACACGUCAGUCAGGCAAACCUGGCAAGCAAUCAAAAGACUGGGGACACAGGUGCAACCCUGGUCCUUACCAGGCUCUGGAGCUUCCGGAGGGUCUGUCACCGGGCCAGGAGGGUGUUAGAGUGAGGGAUGCCUGUCUGUGUAAGCUCUCCACCAUCAGAGAUGAGGACACCUCUCACAUGCACAAUAGCCUGAACCACAAUACAGAAUUACUGCCCCUCCAGCUUGAGGCACUGGUGGGCAAAGGCCGCUUCGCUGAGGUUUGGCGAGCAAGGCUUCUCCACCGCACCGGUGCAGGCAACCGGUACGAGACGGUAGCUGUCAAAGUGUUCCCGUCAGAGGAGUACGUCUCGUGGCGAAACGAACGCUUCAUCUUCUCUGACGUCCACCUGGAACAUGAGAAUGUGGUGCAGUUCUUGACUUCAGAGGAGCGUGGGCCUCUAGGAUCCGCCCAUCGGCAGUAUUGGCUAGUUAUGGCCUAUCACGGCUUAGGAAACCUUCAGGACUUCCUGUCUGGCGAGGUGCUUAGUUGGGCAGAGCUGUGUGCCAUGGCUAGCUCUGUGGCGCGGGGACUAGCACACCUGCACAGUGACACCACUCCCCAUGGCGUGCCUAAGGUGCCAGUGGCUCACCGUGACCUGAAAAGCAGCAACAUCGUAGUGAAAAGCAGGAGCGAGUGUGCCCUAUGUGACUUUGGCCUGGCACUACGGCUCGACCUCUCUCUCACAGUGGACGACUUUGCCAACAGUGGACAGGUCGGCACGGCUCGUUACAUGGCCCCAGAAGUGUUAGAGUCCAGGGUGAACCUGGAGGACUUGGAGGCAUUUAAACAGAUAGAUGUCUACUCCAUGGCCCUGGUCCUCUGGGAGAUGUCCUCUCGCUGCCUAGCUAUUGGAGAAGUGAAAAGCUAUGAGCCUGCAUUUGGGUCCAAGGUGUGUGACCAGCCAUGUGUGGACAGCAUGAGAGACCUGGUUCUCAGGGACAGAGGCCGACCUGAUAUUCCCUCCAGCUGGACACAACACCAGGGGAUGGACCUGCUGUGCGCCACAAUCACGGAGUGCUGGGACCACGACCCAGAGGCCCGGUUGACUGCCCACUGUGUGGUUGAACGUUUUAACACCCUGGACCUGGAAGAGGUAGAGCAGGUGGAAGCAGAACCAGACAACAGCUGCCAGCAGGAACCUCCAGCCCCUGACCCAACCCCUCCCUCAGCCCCCUGCUCCACACAUACCCCUACCACCACCCCUACCCCCACCCCUGACACAGACUCUGGUAUUAUUGAACACCGUCCUCUCCAGACAAACUCAGAGGGAAGUACAGACCCUGAAAUGCCGCCACAGAUCUGAAGCCAGAUCGAAGCAUCUAAACUGACAUACAGACAGGUUCUUGUAUGAUAAACACUGGUAGUGGAUUUGCUGGAAAGGAGCUGGUCUCCAAUCUAUUUCUCUAAAUAAUGGAUUCUUAAGUAAUUAUUGCUAAAUUCUGAAAGAUGUGGUUAUGUACUGGAACACACACUGUGACUCUCUAACCCAGACUGUGUACCAUGAGAACUUGAGAAUCAGACCAAUCCAAUCAUCUGCUGACUGUCUGUCCGACAAGGGAUGCCUUUCUUUACAACCAGUCAGACUGAUUUAUGAUGUCAGACAAAAUAAGAUGAAGUCAUUAGGAUCAACUGAUCUCCCUUUAGAACUUAGUCAAGCAAUGUUAAGUUUCUAAUCUCCCUAAUGUCAAGCCAUUUUAUUACUCUCAAAAGGAGGAGCAAUUCCUCAAAUGGGAAUGACUAGACCAAACUAAACCAAACUGGAGCACCAAUAUCCCAUCUGUUUCUCUAAUUUGAUGAUGUCAUAUGAUGAUAAAGUGCCCUAGAUAAUAUUAAGUGAUUGUAGACUGGUGCCAUCAAUGUAGUAUAAAUCACCUUUAUAUAUAAGGUCUGAUAGUAUAUGUAUCUUUUCUGCAAUUUUGUCAACUUUGUGUAUCCCUUUGUGUUCUUAGAUGGUACAUUAGUAAGCUCAACAUUCAAAAACACGUAUCUGUCAGAAGAGAGCAGUCUGAAGAGAACAGGAAAAAACAAAGACUUCACACUCGAGUCUCAGACAUGGUUUAUUUUGAUGCACCAGUAUUUCUUAUUUUUUUGUCUUAAAAAGCAGCCCUUUUUUUGAAAAUGAACAUACUUGAGAUAUAAAACAAAUUCAUAUGUAGUGUAUCAAUUAAACUUGUUUUCCUGGA